AGCUGUAGUUGAGUGUUAGCAGCUAACUAGAGAAAGAAAGCUAACUAAUCGUGAGAGUGGAAGUGGAGCUAACGUUAAAGGAAAAGGCAACUGUCAAAACAGCAAGGGGAGCAGAAUUUUUUUUUUUGUUAAGUGAUAAUUCUGUUAGACGACUACAUGAACAGAUUUGUAGUUUGUUAAUCAAAGACCGUGUUUGUCAGAUGCCCGAGGAGCAUUUUGGAUACUACAUCGAUUGUCCCAUUUCCAAACGGAAACCAUUUGGACAGACAGUUCGUGCUAGCUAUUUAGCUAGCUAGCUAAGUGAAUAAUCCAGGAGACUUUUCAUUGUCACCUAUAAACCCAAACUGAAUGUUUUGUCUGUCAUGAGUCCGGCCGGGUGCUCCCAUGUGAACGGUUAUAAGGUGGAUAAUUGGAAACAAAAUCUUCGAGUCAUAUACCAAUGCUUUGUUUGGAGUGGUACUGCUGAGACGAGGAGACGCAAGGUGCUUCAGGGUGAUGCGGGAUGGACAGAGCUGGCCAAGUCGUGCAUCUGUCACAUGUGUGGCGCCCACCUGAACCGGCUACACUCUUGUCUCUACUGUGUCUUUUUCGGCUGUUUUACGAAGAAACACAUCCACGAGCACGCGAAAAACAAGAGACACAAUCUAGCGAUAGACUUAUUAUACGGUGGAAUAUAUUGUUUUGUGUGUCAAGACUACAUAUACGACAAAGACAUGGAGCAGAUUGCCAAAGAGGAACAGAGGAAAGCCUGGAAAUUGCAAGGCAUAGGGGAGAAAUACACAACGUGGGAGCCGACCAAGAGGGAGCUAGAGUUAUUACGACACAAUCCAAAGCGGAGGAAAAUCACUACAAACUGUACCAUAGGUGGGCAAUAGACUGCACCGAUCCGUCUGUGCAGCUAUUCAUCUCUAUAUACUGUGUGUGCGCGUGUGUGUGUGUCUCUACAAGUGCCUAUGGCGCAAGUGUACUUGGGGUCACUCUUGCAUUUAAGUGUGAUACCAAACGACAACAGGACCGGGCAGCCCCACAAGCAGCACACUGCGAGCGGCAGAACACAGUGUUCCCUCUCUGAUAGAUGCACAUCACAGCGGGCCUGAAUUUGUCUCUGUCUCCUCAGAACUUGUUUUCUCUCUGAGCUGUUUUCUGUUACUGUGGUUUCUUCCUGCUAUCUCUCUCGUGUCUCUGAUUUAGUACAUGUACCUUUAGCUGUUUGUAUCUUUCCCUCUGCAACUGUCUCCUGCCAUCCUUCACCCCCUUGUAAAUUUAAAGAGCUUGGUUGGCAGCCCUGAUUGAGCAGUAUACUGUGUGCGUUUGUGUGUGCGCACACCAGGACCAGUCUGAAGUGUUACAGUGCUUGCUGAGCGCUCUCUUCCAGAACCAAACCCUGCUCAAUUGGAUUAAACCCAAGACUUGACUGUGUCUCACCUGGUCUACUGGCCAUCGCUGGAGGACUGUAGCUUUACUUUCACUCUAAAUGAAUCCAUUCACAGCUUUGGGAUCUGCUCCAGGAUACAUGCGGUUUUGCUGGCAGACGUGACCCAACACCAUAUUGUCAACUUUCCAGCCACACACACACAAAAAAAAAAAUCUGUGUGCCUGUGGCUUUUAAUUAAACAGACACAUUGCAAUGACUGUACUACCAAAUCCUCACAUUAUCAAUUAAGCUACCAGUUCUUUUUCUGAUUAAUGGAUUAAAGGUUGAGUAUGUAAGUUUUAGUGGCAUCUAGUGGUGAGGGUUGCACAUUCACGUGCUCCUGGGAUGGUUCCCUUUCCCGAGUUCUGAAGACGUUCUUCCGACUUUGGUGUGUUCAUGUGCUCUUUAAGUUGCGAUGUGGAAUCAACAUGGACGCUACUACAAAGAUGUGUUGCAUUAUCAGAGCGUAUAAACAACACGCAGACAUCUACGAUAUCUUACAUCAAUUUAAUGUCUAAAUUCAACAACUAAAAGGCUGUGAAAAUUUUCAACAUAUGUUCCUCAUUUAAUAUCUUUAUAAUAUUUUAAUAUCCAGACUACGCCUGGCAAAGUAGUAUUUGUUAUUUUAUUAUUUAUCAGAUUAUUCCGACAUCACAUGAAUGCACCAUCAGUCACCGCUCACCCCUCCCUUUCUAAGCAUGUAGGAGGAGCUAUGGUGGCCGGUCGACUCUUAUGCUAAAUCAUACAUGUGGACCUCAAUUUAUCCAACAUGAUGACUACUACUAUCGUUACUUCUUCUUGUACGUAUUCAAUGUAGUGACAAAACAUGUUCUGUAGAGCAGUUUUUCCAUUUGGGCUACAGUAGAAACAUUGUGGCCAACAUGGUGAUGUCCAUGUAAGUGGACCCACGGUGUAUGUAGAUUGAGAAAUUUCUUUCUAAGGUAAUAAAAACAUAACUUUUCAUUAUGUAAGGUCUUUAUACAGCUCUGGAAACAUAGUUAUGUAUAUUAUAUUGCAUAUCUGUCAAUUGAUCCUUCUAAAUACACUGCUCAAAA